AUGGCGGACGUCGAAGACGAUGAGAAGUUUUUGUAUGGAGGUAAGGAUAGACUCUGAGAAUAUACCCUCGUAAGCCAUAUCUCCAGCGCUUGAUCCUGUCAUGAUAUAUUUCUCUCCGUGCCCUUUAAAUUACUUCAUAAACGGACAAAUGAAUACUUUUGAGAUGACCUUUUUGAGCUCUCAUACAUAUCGAAGAACUAAUUGUCAGAUACUCGUUGGAAACUUGUCUCAUGAAAUUUUCUCCGAAGAAUCGUUCAAUUUUUCGCUUCGUUUCCCAGUAGAAUAUUAAUUUUGACUCCGGAAAAUAUAGUGAUCAUAUAUCUCAAUAACCUCUAAAGUAUGGGUUUGUACAGAUUCUGGAAUUCUUGAAAAGUUUAGUAAUCUGCCUAUACAGAUUUGGGUCCUGUAAAAACCAUCAAAAAUAGAUUUUAACUCUUCAGUUAGAAUAAAAUAGGUCUGAGGGCUUAUGGUGCAAAGUCUAUAAAGUUUCUUCUCUAAACGCUUUGUAAAAUUUAGGAAAUCUUUCCACUCAAGCUUCUGAAAUUUCUUGAGCAGUUUUGCAUUAUAUUUUUUCAGCACUCUGUGUAUGUGCACUGCAUCAUUGUUACAUCAGUGGAAAGAAAAAGUUAAAAUCACUCAAUUCAUCAAUUCUGCAUGAAGAACUGUUGAUGAAACAUGUUACAGCUUGUUUUAUCCAUCUAUUCAAGUGCAAGCUGACUCAUUUCAAAUAGUGGUUCCCAACUAAAAAAAGUUCCUGUUCAGAAUAAAUUGUAAAUACAUUUGGAAAAAAUUUGGAUUAAUAUGGUUAUAUUUAAAGAGUAAUUACCUCUAACUGUUUUAGAAGUACCCCAUGUCUUUCAGUCCUUGUAGAUAUAUGAUGGUAUAUUAAUUUUUUAUUCACUCUAAGGUGGUGAUGCACAGGAAAAGGACCAAACAUUGAGGUAAGAAGUUUGUUUUCUUGAAGGAGAUAAACACUAGGUAUGCCAAACAAAGACAGAUAUAACAAAGUAAAAUUAUUUUUGAGCAGGCAUAAGUUUUUUUAGUGUUAAAUUUAACACUUUUACUCCAAAGAUCUGGUUGUUUAUUCUCCUUUCUAGCUGCUGCUGCUGCAAAAAAAAGUAAUUACCAGAAUUUGGUGUUAGAUCAAGAUAAUGAAUUCUACCUGAUAAGUCUGAGCACUCUCAUUACCCGUUUGCCAGAAAAUGUAUGGUUGUUAUAUGGAGAAGUUACAUGUUCAUCACUUGUGGGAGUUCAAGGUUGCUUGCAGGAUGCGUGUUGUACUUAAGCACAUGUCUUGGGCUUAGUUUGAGUUUUCUCCAAGAAAUGUAACAGCAAGAGAAUAUGUCUGAAAAAGCUUGAGCCAUUGAAAUUUAGUUGGAGAGUUCUCAGUAUUCUGAUGCCUCAGGGAACACCCUUCUCACUUCCUUACCCACUCCCUCAAGUAAUUCAUAGGGAACUUUACCAGUAAUAUGGGUGGCAAGUGUCAAUCAAAAAUCUCUCAUUGAAACUUGUAUUGAAUGAAGGGGGUAAGUUUCUAAAGAAACAGUGGCACUGCCAUUGGAAGAGGAGUAUAACAAGAUAUUUGGUUUUAUCAACUGUUAUUGAGUCAUUUAACCCCCAAAAGUGAUUAACAUGUAACUUUUCUUGAUAGCAAUAAAUUAUCCAAUAGUUUGAAACUCUUCUUGGUGGGUAAUUUGCAACGUCAACUCAGUCGAUAAAACCAAAGAAAAGUAAUUGAUUACUUUUCACUUUGUACACUCUCUACAGCACUGAAAUAAAACAAGAACCAAAAGAAGAAGAAGAAAUUACAGAAAAUGGACAAGUCAAAGAUGAAGAUGAUGCCAAGGAAGCUGGAGAGCUAGUGAGUCUUAAACUUCACUUAAUACAACAAUUUUCAACAGACCUUUGCAUGUUUUGGACAGAAAAGCCACUUUCACUCCCAAGGGUGAAUUUGAUGAAACUUCUAUGAAGCAGUUUCUUGGAGCUAGUGGAUUUAAAAUUACAGAUUUUAUCCAAAGCAAGAAAAAUAUUGACAUCUUCAGUAUGAUUUAAUAUGUAGACUACUAUGUUACUACUGUUACUGGCAGGGGCAUCUUAACCCUCUCACUCCCAAGAUUUCAUUAUAAAUUCUCCUUAUUGUCUUUCAUGCAAUUCUUAUGAUGCUAGCUUGGAGAAUUUGGCAUUAGAUAAACUAAAAAUCCCUUUAUUGAUAUUUUUCUUUAUUCUCAUCACUUGUCAGCUUGAUGUUGUUUUCAUAUUGCGAAGAGACAUUCUGUCUUGGUUGCUCCUGGGAGUUAAAGAGAUAAACGUUAAAAGAGUUAUUAUGCUCAUGAAAAAAGACAAUGAUUUUAACCAAAUUCACUCAAGUAUAUCAGUGCGUAGGACCAGAUGAAGUAGAGGAGACAGAUAGUUUUCAAGCUAUCAAUAAUUACUUGUUUCUUGAUUUUGGAAUGUUAAGUUUUGUGUUGGUGUCCACAGUGACAGUAGUUUGUCCUAGUGCCUGACUUCAAAUUAACUGAGUAACUUACAGUUUAGUGAUGAAUUUUAUAGAGCAAUGAAGAUGAUGAGGAGGAUGAUGAUGAUGACGAUGAUGAUGAUGAUGAUGAUGUCCAGGUCACUAUUGGGGAAAUAAAUACGUCAGCAGCACCAUAUGGGUAAGGAUGUACAGUUACUUUUUGGUACCAAAUGUAAUGGUUAAAAAUAUCAAAUUUGAAAUACAUAGGACAUGUGCUAGCACAGAGUAAAGCAAAGUUUGUACUCAAGCCAAUUCACCCAUCUGGUGGGAGCUUAUCCUGGUUUCCUCAAGGAAUCAGAGUAACACAGUAUCCAUUUAAAUUCUUGGGUGAGGCACUGUGAGGGUCAACUGUUUUGCUCAAGAACACAACGCAUUGACUCGGCCAGGUCAAGAACCCAGACAUCUCGACUCAGAGUCCAGCCCACCAACCACAAAGCCACAGUAUUUUCCACAUUGCUGCAGAGUUUGUCCAGCUAAAUUUACCAAUCCCUACAUGCACUGUUGCAGAGAGAUUGCAAAAAGUUGGAAUUUUUCUACAAGUGUCUCCAACAUGUACCAUGCUGAUGUUCAAAUAAUUUUUCCUCAGAGCUCCAUAUGCAGCACCUGUAAACUGGAAUUUCAAGUCAGGAAGUGGAUCUGCUGCAGUAAAGGAUACAAAAGACAAUAAACACAUUGAUGUGGAUGCAGUUGGUACAGUUAAUGGUGUAUCUGUGCAUGAAUUCGAUUUGGACUCAGUUGAUGACAAACCUUGGAGAAAGCCUGGUAAGAGUUGUGACAUCCAGUGAUGCUAAGAAAACCACCAAAGUGUAGAGGGAAGUUAUGCCCCAUCCACAGCAGCAAAACCAGGUUAACUAAAAAAGAAUCAGAAACAGAGAACUGAAAAACUGAAUUUUUCUUAGGGUUCUAGUGAUCUCACUGUGAUACAUUUGAAGUUGACAAACAUCUGAUCAACCAGCUUAAAUGAAGAAAAAAAGUUUAAGCCGCUCUAACGAUCAAAAACAGUGUUAAAACAUGUUUAAGAUUUGGUGUGAUAGGGGUGUUAAUUAUUCUCCUUUGCAGCACUUGUAUGGUCUUGCAUGCAACACAGUCAUGGACAGAGAAAAGGUUGCAUAGUGAAACCAAACACUGUGUUACCAGUCACACAUGAGAGUGGUUAACCUGUGGUAUCUCUACUCGGGAAAUCAGGCAUCCAUACUUUGUGUGUAACAAUAACUGUUUCUUGUUCACAGGUGCUGACAUCACUGAUUACUUCAACUAUGGAUUCACGGAAGACACAUGGAAACAAUACUGUGAAAAGCAGAGAAGAAUGAGAAUGGAAUUACAAAUGCCAAAGAAAAUAUUUGUAAGUUGUGAUUUGCUGUUAGUUGUAGCUGUCAUAAUACGUCCGCCAUUUGGUCCAAUGAAGCUAUUUAUAGCGCCAUCUGAAUGCAGCAGAACAGACAGCCCUUUGUAAAUGUGUUGUGCCUAAAACAAUGUUUUAUCCUCCCUUAUGGUCUUCAUUAAGUUUUCCCCUUCAUAUCUACAAGUAUGUUAAACCACCUAAACUGUUGUAGAAUCGCGAAGGAACUUGAAAUAUAAUUAACGUAGCUUGAGUUGCUGGCAUCAAAGGGUAAAGAGAUCGAGAUGAGGGUUAUGCUGGUGCGAAUUGCCAUCGUUGUGAUCUUGGUGAGUUGUUAGAAAACCCCUCCCUUCAUUUGUUCGCCGAAAGCGUGUAGAAACCUAGAAAAUAUCGUGGCCUGCUUUUAGAAAGGGGGAAAGGGUAGUUUAUUGCGGGUGCGAGAUGCGUUUUUCAGGUCCCGGUGGAUUGCGCUUAGCGCCCACAUAAACUUUCCUUCCCCACUUUGUACGACGGCCUCGCAUGCUAUGAUGAACAGGAAUGUAAAUUACUCACACAGAUAAUACCUACUAGUUCGAAUGAAAACAGGGCAAUGGUAUGUAAUCUAACUAAAAAUUAUACUUUUUCUGCGACUUUUUAUUAAUCUUUACAACCUUAAACUCUUAGGUAUUUUUGGUAUUUGUUUCUCUUCUUUGAACUUUAUAAACAUUUGUGUUUCAGAUGCACCCACCAGCCACAGUGGACCCAACCUUGCUGCCUGAUGGUUUGUACCAUGCUUAGUUAGCUUCCAAUUUUCCUGCUCUAUAUACUGUUUUUCUUUCUUUCCUUGUGCUGCAGAGGUCCCAUAGAUGCUAAUGUAUUUUUAUUUGAAAACGCAAACCUUUUUUUAUGUGUUUGUGCGUAUUACUGCAGUAAGUAUCCUCAAAACGCCGAUGGAAACGUAGACUUUUGAAAACGGUUGCAAAAGUGGGGUCCUUUGAAUUGUAUCGGUUAGGAAGUGCUUCGUUUCUGUUACGGAGAAGUGAAACCAGUCGCUUAUUGGAAUAGUUCUGAUAAGAUGAAUUUUGUUUUUGUUUUUGGCAGGGAGACCCAGAAAGGCAGGCCCACCCCCUGAGAGAAAACUGGAAGGAAGCAUAGAUGUUAUCGGCGGAGAGGGCUCCAGAGGUAAGGUUAUGUGACUGGUAAACAAUUAACACGGCCAGCACGUCAAGAAACGAUGUAUAGAUAUAUGCGAAGUUAUUAUGUGUCGUUUUUAUGGACCGAGACUUGAUAGAGGUUUCUGAAAACGAACGAAGGAACGGGGUCAAAAUCCGGCCUUCUUGACGAGACAGGCUCGGUCAGUAUAGGGUUUAUUGUCUCACAAAUAAUUACUUGAAAGGAAUUCACUUUUCGGGAACAAAGUAGGAGUCAAAUGGGGCCCACGGUUCGCUUCCUCAGGCUCGCUCGCAACGCCGGCCGCGUAAUAAAACCGCCUAGAACCCUAGUGAAGGUUACUCUUGAAGUUAUUAGAAGCGAGGUUUCACAGUGACGAAGAUCAAGUUGAAAGACAGAAAAUGGGAUUUAUCUGGGACCUUUGUGGUGGAGGAGUUACGGUCAAAAGAGCAUACGACUUGCUCCCCUCGCGCCGCGAACUAGAAACAAUGGACGAAAAGAACCAAAACAUUGAAAGAGUUCAGUUCCCUUCUGAUAAGAAGAUGAAGCUUUGGAUGAUGUGAAGUAUUACCGCCAAGCAUACUGCAGUGCUUACAAGGAAGAUCUCCAAUAUAGCCGCAUUUUUUAAUCUGAACAUUUAUUUUUGUGAACAGUGUCAAGAGGGCCGAAAACUUAUAUUAGACGGACAUUUUUUAAUUGUAUUAACCCUCCUAUAGAGAAUCACUGAUGCCCGCUGCUUGUGGAAAACCGCGGUUUAGGUAACCUCGUGUAAAUAACUGGCCCUAAGUUUCUUUGAAAUUUACAGAUAUUGUUCUAUAUUUGUUUGUUUGUCUGGUUUUUUCAUUAUUUUUAAUUUUUCUGAUUCAGUUUUGAUAUCAUUUCAGUGGAAAGUCGCCGGAGACGUGAAGAUGACGUCAUGAUGCCGAUGAUGGAGGAAGGUAUGAACCCGGAUGUAGCGGCUCGCCAAGGGAUGAUGAACAAAAGACAUUUUCCUCCAGGUCUGUUGAUUUUUUUAUUGUUUUUUUUCUAUUAUAAAUUUUUUUGCUUUGCUUUUUAACACCGAUAUAGAAAAUAUUAUCUUGAAUUCAGUUCUUGCCGUUUGCCGUUCACGUUAGCGUAGUUCUAAAUUCAUUAGGACCCCUCCGUGGUGCGGCCUAAUGUGUGUCCCCCCAUUUUUGGUUUGACAUUUGUGGUUUAUGUGAUGAUUCCUUGGCUUCUAUUUAUCAGGUCCGCCAGGAGGUCCCCAUGGGAUGCCACCGGUGUCGGGAGCCCCACCAUUCAUUCCCCCUCACCCAGACCCCUCAAUGGGCCCUCCAACUUCAGGAGCACCACAUGGUAUACCUAUGCAUAUGCCACCUGGUGGUCCCAUUCCACCCGGAAUGCCCCCUCCCUUCAGACCCAUGGGUCCAGAUGGACGACACCACCCCGAGGGGGCACCUCCGGGUAUGCCGCCCCCGGGUAUGCCCCCUAUGCCUGGCAUGGCAGGUCCGCCACCCCACGGAUUUCCGCCUGAGAUGGGAUUACCUCCGGACGGGAUGCCACCGCCAUUUGACCCAGGUUUGUCUUCAUCUUUGUAAAAUUGUCAUCUGUGAACCAAAUAAUUUAAAAACUGAUUAUAAUGUAUAUAUAAAUAAGUUUGAGCUAACAUAGGUAAUUGUUCAUAAAUGCUUGACGGCGAAAGCGUUUCCAAAAAUGCACAGUCAGUUCCCUUUUAGCCGAUGAACGAUUGCGCGAAAUUUCAAACGCAUUCUGCGAAGCGUCAUGUUAAAGUUAAACUAGCGGCGAACUGGAGGUGUUUACUGAUGGCGCAAGUAAAGUAAACGAAUCAAAAAGCUGAAAACUGAAUUUUGAUGAAGGAGACUAUGAACAAUUACCACAUAAAGAAUUACCGGAAAUUUUUCAACGCAAAUGUGCGCCUCUUAAAAUUUAGAGACAGUCGUGGCAAAUUUUCCUUUACUAAACACUAACUGUAUGUUUGCUAGGUCUCGGUAACGUUUUCAACUUUUCCCGUUUUUGAUACGUGUGCGCUGUCUUUCGCGCCAACCAUAUUUUCCUCGCGCUCUCUCAGAUUGUUUUUCUUUUUCACGCUUGCUAGCUUAUCGGUUAAAUUAUUUCCUUGCGCUGUGGAACACAUGCGAGUUUUCUCGCCUUUGACAACUGAUACAUACGUUAAUCGAAUCUCUCCUGUCUUUGAAAUCAGUUUCAUUUGCUCUUGUUUAAUUUAGAUACACUAGUUAUCUAUUAGGUAAAUUUGACUAUUCGUGCGUGGUAACCGAACAGCUACCAACAUGGUGCCGUUUUUAGCUAAACUUGUCCUUGUUUUGCAGGGUUUCCAGGUCGCCCGGGUGCAAUGAGCAUGCGUGGUAGAGGUCGUGGGCGAAUGCCGGUAGGAGGGCCCCCAGGGGUUCCGCCUGGAAUGCCUCCACCCGGGGAAUUUCCGCAAGGAAUAGACGAAAGGUCAGUGCCUUGUUUCCAAGCUGUUCCUCUCAAAGAAUGCCAAUUCAAUCGCGAACUUUUCCCUUUUCAUUAAACUAUGCCAUUUUUGCUCGAAGGUUUUUAUACAUUUUAAUAAAGCCGCUAAGUGUUUGCCCACAUGGAAGUCAAAUUCAUUACGUUAAGGUCCUAUCAAAGUCUUAUUAUGAUUAAAUUCUUUGUGUAGAGGACCAAGACCGUUUGAAGAAGGAGCGGCGUUUUUCCCAGGAGGAGGUGAGGCACAUUUUUACAAUUGUUAUAAUCCCUUUGGUAAAGAGGUCGUAGGAUUUCACGAUACGAAAUCGAUCAGUGGUGAAAAGUUUAUGCGGCCUGCGUUUCAAUGGUGACUAUGUUAUUAUUAAAAGCUGUCAAAGACAAUUUUUUUCUUCGUGUAAAUGACUCGCCUGGGAAACUGUAGACUAGGGGCUAUUUUACUCCAGUUUAUUUUCCCUAGUUGGUGUUGUUGAAAAAUUUUCUACCUGCGUAUGGAGAUAGUGAUCAAUUUUUCCUUCUCUCGAGCGCUUGCCGAGAAAACCUUGUUUGUGAAAGCACUUCCAAAAAGCCAAUCCUCAGUGAAGUUUUUUUUUUCUUUUGGUUUUAGCUGCAAAUUUACAGCAUUUGUGUUAUGACUCUGAUUUUGUGCAGAUAUUAAAUAAGUCGCUUUCAUAUCUGUGGUUCAAACGUUUCAUAUCCUUUUUUUUUUCUGCACACAAAAUUUUCUCUUCUUGAUUUUAAAACAACAUAUAAACAAUUCAAGCUUAAAAUUUUGCUGUCGGUUGGUUUACUGUGAUAAAUUUAAUAAUUUUUCAGGAGUUUUUCCAUCUACAAAGAUCUGUCUCCCUGUACUUCAAUCAAUUUGUUUAAUCUUGCGAGGGAGUUGAACAACUUAUCUCUUGUAUUGAUCUUAAUUACGUCCUCUUAAAAUGUUCGAUUAUUUCCUCCAUACUUUAUCUUCUGAAGGGCAACACGCUCAAUUAAAGAAUGUUUAUAACGCGAUAAUUUCCGGGUCUUCAAUCUCAAUCAAAGUGACUUUCAAUUAAUGCCCUGUAGAUGUUUUUUAAAACUAUUCUUUACUUUGAAAGCUGAAGAAAAUGUUUUGUUCAUUUUCAUAUCCUUCCCAGUCGCCAAAUAGCUGAAACAAUUCGCUGAAAAAAGCUUUAAACAGCAAAGUGAAAAGAGCAUUUGUUUUUCACCUGUUUUGCUGCAGCUUAAUCUUGCAAUGCAGUUGAACUUCUUUAUCUGUGACACUGAUCCUAAUGACUUCGUCCUAGAGAGCUCAAUCAAUUACCUGCACAACGAUAAGCAGGGCUUUGGCGCCAAAGGCAUCAUCAAUCAGUUUAUUGCACGUAAUGAAAUUCUCUUCUUGUGUCUCAGUUUAAGUUGUGUCACCAAAUAAAUCUUUUCACCAAAGGACGUGGGCUUCUUUUUUCUAUUUUUUUACAAACCUAUGCACUUUUUUUAGGUUAAAUUUGCUGUUUUCCUGUUUUUGCUUCUUAUCUCGUUCAAAUUGUCAGUAAACAUUCGUGUAAGCAUUGAAACAGGAACUUGUAUGGAAAGUACUUUUGAACGGAAAUUUCUAGAUGGUUUGUGGGUUUUUUCAAUACCACCGACGUGAAUUUUCUCUAAUUUCAUAAGAAAUGGUCUUUUCAGUGAACCAAAAAUCGAUCAGAACAGAUGUAUGUAAAAUACAGCGAUGCAAAACUACUGCGAUCAGUAAAUCUAAUUGUAAUUUUUUUUUCCUCACAAAUCGUUCAUUUUGAAAAAUAGAGUCAUGUUAGUCUUUACACUUUUUGAUGAUGAUUUUUUUCUUGGGUCGAUGUCUCUAAGGAUCAAAUUUUUUUCUUUCUUUGAGGAAAUGUCUUUCAGGCGAUGAAGUAAUAAAUUCCCAUCAUCUUGUAUACAAUCUAAAGGUUUUUGCAGGAAAUUCAAGACAAAACUUCAACCACAAAUUAAAAAAAACAAACCUUCUCUUCCAUGUAUCUAAGUUGAGUAAAUUUAGAAUUGAAUGGAUCAAAAACUUUUAAUAAGUUUUUAGCAUGCAAGAUUUUUCAGCAAACAUGUAGCGAGGUCAGGAAAAGGUAUCUGCCCGAAGUUUUAUUGAUGAAACACCAAAUUCUCUGAACUGAUUUUGAAGGAAAUACAAAGCAGCUGGUUGGAGAAUUAAUUUUCAGAUCGUAUGUGGAUUUAGAUUAAAAAAACUGCAUUUCCUUGAAAUGUUACGCUUACGUCUUGCUGCAAAAUAAAACUUAGUUUUAAAAAAUUAAAAUCGAUGCACUUGAUCUCCGGAAUGAUUUGUCUCUUUACUGCUCCUUCCAUUUGGUUUUCGAAAGCUCUGUUUUUACGGUGUUAACUGAAUCACUGCACUCUACGCCAUCGCCCGUUCUAUGAUGCAAGCUGGAAACUGUCCAAAACCCUCGUCAGUAGCUUACAAAGGUUGGUUUUCUCUAAACAGUUUUAUAAAAGAGAAAGAAAGAGAAAGAAACUCGAAACUCUAAAGAAACUCGUCGUUCUUUAGUUUUAUCAUUGUUUUUCAACAUCUUUCUUGCUUUUCCAAAACGUUACUUUGCGAUACCGUUUAUUGAUAAGCGAAACAAAUGGAAACAAUACAAUCCCCCCAUUUCAUUCGUGCUAUUUUGCUAAACAUAGGCGGCAGAAAUUUAUAGAAAGCUUUUGUUAUUCUUCAAAUUUUCGGAAGUUCCUCUUUUGCAAAAAUAUCAAAACAGAAGUGCCGUUUCGUUUGUUAUUUAAAUUUAUUUCCAGACAUUGUCCCGUGACAAAUGAAACCUAUUUUGUAUUUAAUCCGAUUUACGUUGAUUUUCUUAAGAGACUAAUAUACGAUUGGCUCUAUUUAUUGUACUCUUUUUAUUCCUUUCCUUUUUUGGCUAAUACAUGGGAAGAAUACAAAAGCGAUGUCAAAUAAAUAUCUUUCUUUAUAACGUCAGUCUUCAGUCAGAGGAUUUACUCAAUGUCCAACCCAGACUAUGUUUUGGCGGAAACCGACGGUAGCAGCUUCAGCUGUUUCCUACCGUUUGACCCAUUUUCGCGUUGGCAGGAUAAAUUACCUUUUGUUUGACUGCUUCCUGAAAAGUUUUUCUUUGGUUUUCCCCGUUUCUUCUUGUGUACGAUGUAAGGUAAAGUUUAAUUCCUGAUGAUCGUGGUCAAUUUUGCCAUAGUCUAGAAUUUUUAUCCCGAAAAAAAGAAAAAAAAAACUCAUGCAGUGUGAUGAUGUUUAGUGGGCAAUAAUUUCCGGGACCUUAAUUUCGUUUGAAAUGCUAUUUAAUCAAUGUUUUUUUCAUGUUUUCAAAACAACUAUUCUCUUUUUCCAUAACUGUUUUAAUUUCCUCCCCCGUUUUGUCAUUGCUGAAAUAAUUUGUUGAGGGAAGCUCCUGAUAGCAAUAAGAGAAAGACGCGAAAUGAACAAAAUCCUUAUGAAAUUAAGUUUUCCUCGUGUAAUUGAAUGUUUGUAAAUAUAUUGUGUCGUUUUUAUUUCGGUUCUCUUACAACAUCGCUGAGGACCUUUCACAAAUCCUCAGCGAUGUUGUAACAGAUUGCCGUAGCGACAACUAAUGUGAAAUGUAUAUAAUACUGUUUCACUCGACGAGAAAACAUUUUGUAUCUUGUAAAUGACAGUGUCCUUAAUCCGAAAAUAUGUCGUCUUCGGCAAAAUGUCGACCAAGCACUAAUUUGCAUUUACACGAACAAUUCCCCAAAUGAAUCUCUUGAGUACGCCAAAGAAAGUGACGUUAGAUUGAAUUUAUUUCGUCCCACAUUGGACAUCGUUGUAUUAGCCUAGCCCUUUUGUCAUUUCCUUUUUACCGACAGGUUUAGAGUCUUUUUGAGGAUUAUCUUUUUUCUAAGAAACCGAAUGCAAAUUAACAGUAACUUUGUUAUCAAUGCCAAAUAUUUUACCCCGUGUCGGUGCUGUAGUAAAAAUAAUACAUUGAUCCUGUCAGUUUUGGAGAUUAUCUAUGGGGAAUAUGUGACCGCCUUCUAUGACAGAUCGUAUCUCAAAGAUUAUCGUUGAGUGCACUCGAGAAUUUCAUUGGAUUAGUGGACUAAAUAUUUCACCUCCUACUCGAAUGUCGGUAAGGUUAGCUCAGUUCUCUAUCACGAUAACCUGCAGGUUUUUGAAAAAUGAAAAGGUUCAUUAUUUAACCUUUUUCACACGCCUAGGUAGGAAAGACAGCAGCAGUUGUUUGAUAUUUUCGUGGCGUAAAGAAUUCUUAGACACAUUUAUUGAUGGCUUUUGGGGUGAGUUGAGACAUUUGUAAAAUAAAUGACUCUGACUUUUACAUUGGCUUCCUGACUUCCUUUCUGCAAAGAUUUUAUUGCAACCCCUUUUUUUCCGGAAAGGAAUUUUUUCAUUCUUAUCAAGUGUCGACCUAAAGCUUUUAUAAGCAAAUUUCUUGUUUGUGAAUGUUUUUUUUUCCUGUUCGCCUCCUUUCCACGGUGGAGUGGUUCUUAUUGGAAAAUAUUUUUUUAAGUGUGCAUAGCUUAAAUUACAGGUGUUAUGACCCGAGGCAAAUUAUUUAUCCGGAAUCUGAAAGUUUACUUAACCUGGGGGCUUCGAUUUUGCCUAUUUUCUUGAAACCACUUUGUUAUUUGGAGUGCAGCUAAUCUGCAAAAGAUAAUUGCUAUCUACCUUAUUGUAAUCUCAACCUCAUAGGAGACUCCGUUGCAAAUAAUCCUCUAUUUUCCACAGGGGUCAUUUGUUCUUUUUUGUUCCAAAGUAAUUCAGUACUUUUUCGGUUUUGUUUUGCUGUGUUGUUUUCGGUUUGAUACUAAUGUGUGUUGGUAAUUUUGAUAGUAUAAAUGUAAAUGCCAAGCCUAUGGAAAGGUGCUUUUAUUGUCAAAGCGUGCACUGGCAAUUUGUAACGCGAUAUUCAACCCAAAACAUGGCCGAAAUUUGGUGCUGAAUACCUCGGAUUUUCGCGUUCAUAGUUACCGAGUUACAAAGUCACUGCUAAUUAGAUCCUUCCCAUUAUGCCUGCCGGCAAUAGCUAAAUGCCAAAAAUUUGAAUAUUACUCCUUAUUCGUUUAUCGUCGAUCAGCUUGCUAUCCUAUCCAUUAGAACAACAUUGUCAUUCAAAUUUGCACAACCGGUGAUUACUCUAGCGAGAACACAAAAUGCUAACCCUGUCAUUGCUGUAAACAACAAAUCACAAGGCGUUGUUACUGAUAUUCCGUGUCAAAUAUCGGUUUUAUUUAUAUCAAAUUUUAUUUUGGACUCUGUUCGUAACUUCAUACUCCACGUCACCGUGGCUCUCGUGGGAUCAUCCGUCAGAGGAGAUCAGUCUUCGCUCGUCCGUCCGUCUUCCGAAGUACAUGUAGCAUACACUGCAUCAGUUAAUUGAGACGUGAAAGCGACCGGGAAAAACACUGAGGCACAGUGGGGAGGGAGCUAGCGUUAAAUUAAGCCACAGGGAGGCCUGCGCGACUUACUUUAGUGAGGCAACAACAGAAAGGAUACGAAUUUGGUCUUUGUUUCCUCCAUAAUCAGUGUCUCCACGUUUUGCAAUUUCCUUGCCAAGAUUGCUGUUUGUCAUCAUUGCUGAGAAGCUCGUGAUCAACAAAAGCAAUGUAGAGUCUGUUGGGAUAGAUUAAUAUUCAAUUUUGCGAUCUCGUUAUCAGACUUGCGGUCAACAUCGGUCGCGCCAGCUUUGCUACGUUUGGUGCAAAGUUGAAUACUCAAGACAUCAGUUCGCGGGCAUAUUUGAACAAUUACCUUCGAUCAACUCAACAGUCCAAGAAGCUCUUCGAAUUUCGGACUGGCACCACAUUAUCGUGUAUUUAUUUCCUUCGAAAUAGGAUUGCACACAGACUAAAACGGUCUCGAUAUGAAUUCGUCGGGUUUCCCCGAACUUGUUACAGCCAUGAAUAGUAGCAACGUAAGCGACCCAGGAGGACAGCAAUUUCAUUUCUACGUCGAACCGUUUUCCUUGCAGCUUGUGCGAUUUAUUUUAGACGCCGUAAUUUUCGUGGCUGGCGUCCUAGGCAACGGUCUGGUGUGUGUUGUGGUGGUUAAAGAACGUCUUCAUCGUUCUCUCGCCUACUGUUUGAUUCUAAACUUGGCUAUCAGCGAUUUAGGUAUCCUCCUGUUUAGCCUUCCAUUUGGCGUGUUACGCACAGAGGAUGUCAGCUGGCCGUUUGGAGAGUUUGGCUGCAAGGUGCUUUACCCGUUGAGUGAUGUUUUUCACGGUGUUUCCAUCGCCAGCAUCACUGCCAUAGCCGUUUUUCGAUACCGUGGGAUCAUUUCCGGGCACGGUUUGAGCCAAAAGGAGACCAUGAAAACAGUUAAGGUUGUCAUUUUGUUAAUGUGGCUCCUGUCCUUUUUGCUGUUCGUGGUGCCGUUAUUCUUUGUCAUGAACUACGCGGAAUAUGGAAGCCGUGCAUUCUGUCACCCCCAGUUUCCGAGUGUCACUUUCUACAAGCUGUACCAAGGGGAGACAGUGUUGUUAACUUAUAUUUUACCUCUGGGUAUAAUCCUCUUCACCUAUCUUCGUAUACGAAGACGUUUGAACGAGAGCAUCGCCUUACACAGCCACAUUCGUCGAGAGUCUCACCAGCGUCCUUCCUCCUCAUCAGCGGGGGGAAGCCGCCGUGCAAGUGACCGCAACUACAAAGCGCUUAAAAUUUUAACGCCAGUUGUUCUGGUCUUCUUCGUUACACUGUUGCCGUACAAUGUUUUUCGCGUGGUAGACAUCUUCCAGGACACUUCGAAGUUUGAGUAUUUGUUGUUUUUUUUCAAAGUAUGCAUCUUGUUUUUUGUCUGCAACAGCUCAGCUAAUCCUCUCAUUUAUGCUUUGUUCAGCGAGGAGUUCCGAAAGGCUUUCAAGUGGCACAUAAAGCAUUGUUCUUCAUCGGGGAAACGUUCCAGGCUUUUUUCCCUAUCAGAAAAAGUAUCCUCAUUCCGCCGCGCUAGAUCUUUUUUCGCCCGUACCAGUGUGCGUGGUAAAGAGCGAGGUAGUUUGUCGGCUUCCGACGUUUUCGUGUAG